UGUAAAGACGCUGCGGUUCAUCACAGAAACAUAUCAGGAGGCAGAUGUGAAUAUUGACAACGAAGAUGUACAGGCUACGGUUGUGGUCUAUCUUGAUGUUGCAAUGACAAACCCGGACGUGGCGGGGGUUGGAAACUUGGCAGAGAGGUUCGAGGACAUUGCACUGUUUCGAGAGUUCCCUAAUGUAGAUGAUGACGAGAUCGUAACGGCCGCCAGGUCAAGUCUAACAAGACUGGUAAUGGGAGUAAGGGCAGCCGCUAAUGAUAUUUAAGAUCAACAACCGAGCAGGUGACCUUUGGGG